CUAUUUUUGGAAAAAGAAAAGGAACUCCGGCAUUGAAAAGAAAGGAGGAAGAGGAUGCGGAUUUGAAUAUAGUUGCAGAACUGAGACGAAAGCGUAUGCCGCCAUCCUCCAACUUAAACCUUCACGUACAAGCAGUGCUUGAGAAAUGCAGCCAUCUCCAUCACCUCAAGCAGCUUCAAGCUCAUCUCAUCACCAUCGGCCAUGGCCACACCCAAUUCUACGCCUCCAAGCUCGUGCGCUUUUGCACCCUCUCUCUCUCCAACCUUGCCUAUGCUCGCUUCAUUUUCGACCACCUCCAAUCCCCCAAUGUGUUUCUCUACACAGCUAUGAUCACAGCCUACAAUUUGCAUUCGGAUCACACCUCUGCCUUUCUGUUGUAUAGCGAAAUGGUCCGGAAAGGCCGUUCCAAGCCCAACGAGUUCAUCUUUCCUUUAGCCCUCAAGUCCUGCCUGGAGGUGGUGAAGAACUUUGGAACUCCAAUGCUGCAUGCCCAGAUUGAGAAAACGGGUUUUGGGAAAUACCCGGUUGUGCAAACGGCGCUUUUGGAUUCCUACUCUAGGUUUUCGGCUGAUAUUAGGAUUGCUAGACAACUGUUCGACGAAAUGUCUGAGAGGAACGUGGUGUCCUGGACUGCUAUGGUCUCUGGGUUGGCUAGAGUUGGGAAGAUGGGAGAUGCCAUUUUAGUGUUUGAAGAAAUGCCUGAGGCACUGAGAGAUACUCCAUCGUGGAAUUCGGUUAUCUCAGGGUGCACACAGAAUGGCUUGUUUUCGGAAGCACUUUUGUUUUUUAGGAGGUUGGUUUUGGAGGAAAGGAUGGGGAAUGGGAAUGGGAAUAGACCCAACCAGACUUCUGUUGUCUGUGCACUUUCAGCAUGUGGACACUGUGGAAUGCUUCAACUUGGGAAGUGCAUUCAUGGGUAUAUGCUUAGGAUUGGACUUCGUUUGGAUUCGUUCACAUUGAAUGCUCUGAUUGAUAUGUAUGGAAAAUGUGGAAGUUUGAAAGAAGCAAGAAGGAUUUUCGACACAAGUGCAAAGAGAAGUUUGACAUGUUGGAACUCUAUAAUUAAUUCUUUUGCUCUUCAUGGCCAUUGGAAAGGCGCUAUAAGUGUGUUUGCAGAGAUGUUGCAGCAACAUGGCGAUGUAGUAAAGCCCGAUGGAGUGACAUUUGUUGGGUUACUAAAUGCUUGCACACACGGGGGAUUAGUCGAAGAAGGGCUUAGUUACUAUGAUUCAAUGACUAGGGAGUACAUGAUUGAGCCCGAGAUUCAUCAUUAUGGUUGCUUGAUCGAUCUUCUAGGUCGGGCUGGUAGAUUCAACGAAAUGAUGGAAGUUGUUAAGGGGAUGAGGGUUCCCCCGGAUGAAGUUGUGUGGGGUUCUUUACUUAACGCGUGUAAGAUUCAUGGGCGUACCGAUUUGGCCGAGUUUGCUCUAAAGAAGUUGAUUGAGAUGGAGCCUAACAAUGGUGGUUAUUAUGCAAUGUUGGCUAAUUUAUGUGGGGGGCUUGAGAAGUGGGAUGAUGCAUUGAGGUUAAGGAAGAGCAUAAAUGAGCAGAAUGCGUAUAAGCUGCCGGGUUGCAGUUGGAUUGAGAUUGACAAACAAGUUAGUCAGUUCUAUUCUGUUGAUAAAUCGCACCCUAAGACUGCACAAAUAUAUUCCAUUUUGGAAUCUUUAGUCAUCUCUACUAGCCUCCUAUAAUUUGCUUGCUAGCUUCCUUCCAACUAUCCAUAUACACUACAAGGCUUUAUUUUAUUUUCCAAAUCAAUUAAUUGAUU